CGGGCCCCCGGCAGAACAGCCGCCCCAACCGCGGGCCGGCCGCCGGGGACUCCGGGGCCCCAGAUCUGAAGCGGCCAGCUCAGGCGCCCUUCCCAGCGACCCAGGAAGCCUCCGAUCUGUCCCUGUGACCCAGAACGAGGCUCGGCCCCCCCGGGGGGCAGGGCCGGAGCGGUGGGCAGGAUGCCCAUCCUCAAACAGCUCGUGGCCGGCUCCACCAAUUCCAAGCGCCGCUCCCGCCUGGACCUGACAGCGGAGAUGAUCAGCGCCCCGCUGGGCGACUUCCGCCACACCAUGCACGUGGGCCGGGCCGGCGACGCCUUCGGGGACACCUCCUUCCUCCACAGCAAGGCCGGAGAGCCCGAGGCGGAGCCCCCCGCCGAGGCCGCCCCCGCCCCCAAGCCCGGCCUGCUCUCCCGCAGGUUCCGGGGCAGCAAGCGGUCACAGUCGGUGACGCGGGGCGGCGAGGGACGUGACGUGCUGGGCCCGCUGAGGGACUCGGCCCUCUUUGUGAAGAAUGCGGUGUCCCUGCCCCAGCUCAACGAGAAGGAGGCGGCGGAGAAGGGGGCCGGCCGGCUGCCCAAGAGUCUGUCGUCCAGCCCGGUCAAGCGGGUGUCCGAGGAGGAGGCGGCCGAGGCCGCGGAGGCCUCUCCCCAGCUCAACGGGGCCGGACGCUCCCCGGACCCCAUCUUGGCCGAGCGGGCUUUCGGGGACCUCUCGGACCUGCCGGUGGUGGUCCCCAAGGGCGGCUCGGGUAUGAAGCACGCCGAGUCCAUCCUCUCCUUCAACAUCGACCUGGGCCCGUCCAUGCUGGGGGAGGUGCUCAGCGUCAUGGACAAGGACGAGUGGGACCCUGUCUCGGCAGAGGAGGAGGAGGAGGGAGGCGGUUGCCGUGGGGACGGGGUCCCCCCAGAGGCCCCCAGGCACUCUCCCCGUCCCGGCCGGGAGAGGAAGGAGGAGGCGGCGGCGGCGGGCUGGCCACCAGAACGUCCGGCCCGGGGCCCGGAGGAGGAGGCUUGGGCCGGAGGUCCUAGCCCCAGCUCGGGCCGCAGCCUCCUGGGAAGCCACGCCAGCGGGGAUGGCAGCUCUGUGUCCAGCUGGGCCUCCGGCGGUCUGGACCCGCCUGGCCCCGCGCUGAGGGGGCCGCCACCUCGCCAGCCGGACAAGGACUUCUCGUUCAUGGAUGAGGAUGACGAGGAAGAAGAGGAGGAGGAGGACGACGAGAUCCGGGUGUGAGGGAGCCAGGGCAGGCCAGCCUUUCCCUUCCGACCACCCCCUCACCCUCCACCCCAAAGUGGCACAGAGGCAGCUGCCCUCCAGGGACCCCUUCCAGACUGCCCGAGUGUGGGCAAGUACUGCUACCAGGGCCCACUCCAUCCUGAGCCUCGCCGGGCCCUCAACCUAAAGGAGCAACUCUUACCCGUGCUGCACCGGGGCCGGGCUUCUGUCUCCGCCAGUGAGAACCCAAGCCGGAAGUACCCUUUUCGUCCUGCCCCUCUUCCGGCCGGUGGCAGCGGCCCCCCGCCCCACGGCUCCCUCCUUCAUCCCCGCCGGAUUUCUAGUUUUGAUUGCGGGCCGGGUCUAAGUGAUGACUUUUUCGGUGGCCGUGGGUUCUGGGAGAGGCCCGCUGGCUUUGGUGGAUUUUGGAGUUGGACUGUGCGUGACAUGGUGGGAGAGGAAGCCCGAGGCCCCCUUCUCUCCCCUAGGCCGUGGGAUAUGAUGGGAAAUGGGGCUGGGAUUUGGGCAGGCUGGGCGUGCAAGGUUGGGCAGCUGAUGAGAUUCUGACGUGUGUGUUUGUGUGUGUGUGUGUUGGGAUGGUGGGAGUGAGGCCCAGCAGUAAGGUGACCUCUUGCAGAUGGUACGACGUGAGUUGGGCUGGGAGAGUCCAGGGGAGCAAGGGGCAGGUGUGACGGCACUUCCAGCCGGAGCAUCCCACCUUAGUCUCGGAAAGUUGUCCCGGCUACUCUCCUCUCAGCUUCAAUCUGGGGCAAUCCCAGCUCCUACACAAGAAGCACACCCAGGAGGCUAGACCCACCUCCAGGGGAACCUCCUCUCCCUCUUCCAUCCCCUGGGUAGGUACUCCUGCCCUCCGGAGACCCUUGCCGCUCCCCAAACCUGGGGGCAGUGACACUACACCUGGGCCUGUGUCUCACUAUGCCCCCAACUCUCUGUACACUCCCCAGUCUGGGGCUAUCAAGCAGCCACUUUUUAUAGGUUGCCUUUUUUACUUCAAUCUUGUUACCUGGGAGAAACAAAACCCUUCCACUCUUCCAUCCAGCCGGGGUCACGGACCCCUUCCAGUUAGCCAGUCAGUUCUUCAGUCAGCGGGGGGCAACCACCUCCCCGAGGCCAGAACACUGAAACCCAGAAUGCUGUAACGGUGGCGGGAGAAGGAAUCGGCUUUCUAGACUGUUCCGGUCACCCUCCCUGCCGCCCACCAGGUCCGUGGACCGAACUUCUAGGAUAAGGGGUUGAGAGGGGUCUCGGAAAGCCCCUCAAUCUCUGGAGACCAGAUUCGAAUAGAGUCGGGGGGCUAGGAGGUACGUGGCUGGGGGAAUACAGGGUUGGGAGUCCCCAGGGCCCACCCCCCCGGGACCAGCCCUGCCCAUUCCCACUCAAUGUCGCAGUAACACUAACAUAGUUCUUGUUUAUUUAAAAACACAGGGUAGGAGAGCUUCCCCACAUGGUGAAGGAGGGGGCAGCUGGGUGGGGGGGCGGGGGGAAGGCAGUCUGUCCCCAGGGGCUCUUCGGGCCACGUUUUGACACACUCUAGAUCUCAUUUUUGUUUGUUUUGUACCAGGCAUGUGGAAAAAUCAGGAGGAAACAUUAAAGGCUGUAGAGAGAGGC